AUGAUGUUGAGGAAUUGCAAGAUAUUGAAAAAAUAUAUGGAUGAAUGUGUUGGUAAUGCUGAGAAGAAUGAGAAUGACGACAAUGAAAAUGUUGAUAUUGAUAAUCACAAUGAAGCUGUUGAACAGGGUCCUCAAAAUCUCAAGGACGGCCCUGUGAAGUGGGUUAGUUUUGGUAAUUGGAUUUGUGACACCUAG